UUGUGACACAACAGGCGGAAGUCUCGGGAGCGGACAUGUAGUUGUGCCGUGGGCUCGCACCGCCGGAGUCCGGCGCGGUGAAGUGGUUCGCGGCUUCGAGAUGCAGCAGAACGGCCUUUCGGCGCAGCACGAGCGCAUCGCUCCGGCCAGACACGAGUGUGUGUACACGAGCUGUUACUGUGAAGAAAAUGUUUGGAAGCUCUGUGAACAUAUUAAGACCAGCAAGCGGUGCCCUCUGGGUGACGUUUAUGCCGUCUUCAUAUCGAAUGAGAGGAAGAUGGUCCCUAUUUGGAAGCAGAAAUCUGGCCGUGGAGAGGAGCCUGUCAUUUGGGAUUACCACGUUAUUCUCCUGCAUGACUGCCACAAGGAGCAAACCUUCAUAUAUGAUCUGGACACUACUCUGCCGUUCCCCUGUCCGUUCGACACUUACGUCAAAGAAGCGUUUAAGUCGGACAAUUAUAUAAAUCCAGCUUUCUGGAGAAAGCUGAGAGUUGUUCCUGCGGACGUGUUCCUGCAAAACUUUGCAUCGGACCGGUCGCAUAUGAAAGAUGCCAGCGGAGGUUGGCGCAUGCCUCCGCCCCCGUACCCCUGUAUCGAAACUGCAGAAUCCAGGAUGAACCUUGACGACUUCAUCAGCAUGAACCCCAGUGUGGGCUGGGGACACGUCUACACCCUCGAGGAGUUUGUGCAGCACUUUGGAAAAACCUGAUGCCCUGUGAAUUUUGCCAAACGGGGCUUGAGCGAAAGGUUGUUUACACUGUGGAAUCAAAUUUCUUAAGUGCAAAACAGAGCGAUAGCCUGAAGAAAUGUGACAUCAUUUUAACUGCCAGGCUUGUUACAUUUGUACUGAUGUAAAUUGUUUUUAUGCAGUAAAUACUAAAUGUGAAAUGUCCUAUAAAUAAAUUUUGGAAAUGAAACCAUGCAGACCAGAAAAAUGCAAAUUUUUAAUUACUGGCAUUUAUUGGUGUUUUUCUCUGUAACCAGUGCAAGAAAUACAAAUAAUAAAAAUAAUCAUGAA